GUUGAAACUACCGAACUCCUCCUGCCUUACCUGUGAUCCCGCCACGCCACACUGGACGCCCCUACAUGUGUGACUCUAAUUAACCUGCACGCCCACACCUGUCUGGAGUAUGGGUGAUGUGAGGGGAGCAGCAGGACAUAAGAACAUAUAGCUAGAAAAAGGUGGAUCUUGGCAAUACGGUGGAGGUGAUGGAAGUGGCGCUGUGACCUUGAGUGCUUCCUUCCACCUGUAUACGUGUUGCUGCAUACGUGAGCAGUGUGUGUACCUGGCGGACUCACCUGAACACUUGCCCUUAUCUUCCCUGACUAAGUUGUCAAAGUGUAUCCCGUGCCAUUCGAAGACUUGGAUUCGUAGGAGAGUUACUGACGAGUGGAGAGAAGAGGUGUUAAGUGCUAGAGAGAAUACAGAAGACGUGUUGAUGAAGUGAGGCAGAAUAAAAGAGUCUUAUCAGUGGUUUGUAGAAGUUGUGAGGAGAGAAGAAAAACUGACUGAGCCGUGUUGUGUGUCGCAUCUACAGAAAAAAAGGAAAAACAAAGGAAAAACAUGUGAUAAAGACCAGAAAACUAGUAAAUUAAGGUGAAAGGAAGGCAAAACAAUAGAAACAAAAGACAAAACUAAGAAAAACAACAAAACACCAAUAAAAACAAUACAUCAAGAGGAAAAAUAGAAAAAAAAAUGACUAGACGGGUAUCGAACAGUGAGACACAGCGAUGACAAACUAACCAGAAAACCACGAUAGGGCACUACAAGACCAGCCUGAAGGGGAUUCAAACAACCACCCUUCCCUUCCCUCCCCUCCCUUCUUUCCCAUCCCUCCCCGUCCCUCCCCGUCCCUCCCCGCGCCUUGCUGCUGCUGGUGUGCGCCUCGGCUCCUCUUGCGACCAUGUCAAGAUGGAGCGCGAUAGACGAGGCCUUCGUCUGUCUGCUGCCGGAGGGGCGCUCACCAUCCUUGCCUUCGUCGCAGCCCUCGCCGCCGCCGCCGCUCCCAACUGGGCCAAUUUUGCUGGUGCCAUGUCGGGUCACUUCGGGCCGUGGAUGGUGUGUCAGGGGGACUACUACGUGACCUGCACCUCCUACUCCUCCAGAUACCAGGUGUCAUGGAAGACCAAGGUGGCGGGAGUAGGGUCAGCUGCCUCUGCUGCGCUGCUCGCCGUGGCUGCCUUCAUGUGCCCCCUACUGGUCAUGAUGCACCUGUCCUCCACCAAGGUGCUCGUCAAGUUUCGCCACGCCACCCUAGCCAAGGUGGUCUGCAUCGGGGCGUCAGUUCUGUGUUCGCUGGUGAGUCUGCUAUUCUUCGUGAUCGAGGUGUUCAUCUCCAAGUCAGGCAUCAGCUACGGCCUUGUGGUCACGCUCAGCUGGGCCUUCUACCUGCAGGUGAUCAGCGUGCUAGUGGGCGUCGUGGCGGGCGUGGGCGCAGGGAUCGAGUUUGGCUGGUCCAGGAAGCUUGGCGGGGACCCUACAGUGUAUGGGCGUGACCCUGAGGGCACGGCCGCCACCACCAUCUCCAACCCAAGCUUUAGGGACUCGAGGAACGGCCACGCCAAGGGCGGAGCUCACCGCUCGUCGGGACGCGUGCAUCGCAACGCUAACGGCGUGGCGAUGACACACUUCAGCGGCCAGCCCUACAUGAUCACCGCCAACGGUACCAACGGUCACGCGGGGCGCCCCAACGGCAUGAAGGUGGCCUUCGAUCCCAACAGGACGCCCCUCAGGUCGUCCCUGAGGAAGCCCAAGCCGGCGCCCCCAGAGGACGCCCCGGACUCCUCCCUUGGCAUACAAAACUUGGCCUUCACGCAGUCCAGUCCCGUCGCCAAGAAGAAGGUCCGCAUCCACACGCAGUCCACGUCAGUGUAGCGCUGCCCAUCGUGACCCGCAGUCAUCCUGGGGAUGUUCUUGUUCACUUAGAGCAGUGUCUGGCCACCUCGGGGCUUUUGUGGUCAGCUAAUGACUCGCCCUGCCAGCUAGGAACGUUACUGGCCAGCUGGUGAUGUCUUUCAGCCAAAUGGAGUCUGUGUAGCUAGCUUGUGACUCUCGGUGCCAGCUCGAGUGUGUUGGCCAGUUGUGACUUGAGUGCGUUGUGGAGAACUGUACUCGUGGGGCUCUCCGCCGCGUCCCUUCACUUGAUGCCAAAGUGCCAGUGAGCGUUCAGCGUCAGCGCCACCUGUGUGUGUGUGUGCGUGUGUGUGUGUGUGUGCAUGUACUAGUUUCAUGCCUCGUUGUGUCACUCAAGGGCACUUCAGCAAUGCGCCUGGUGAUGUUGGGAGGUGGUGUCAAGCGAGAAGAGACAAUAAUAAACACGAAUUAAGUGAUGUGAGUGGACGAAUAUACCUGAAAGACACUCAGGUACACACGCACGUACGUACAUCCACACGCACACGCAGGAACAAUCAGACGAGAGAGAAAUGGAGAGAAAUAAGUGAACUGUUGGGACGUGUGCAUGAGCGACUUCCUUACGUUUUCUUCCUUUUAUACCCGUUUUCUUUCCUUAUUUUGUUAUGUGGUACUAGUAAGCGAUCCGUCCGUACCGCAGCACACACCCGGUUGGCAAGCCUGCGUGACCCCUGUACUGGUAGCCCUGUCUGGAGGUCAAGGCUGAGUUGAGAAAUCUGUAUAUUUAUCUCCAUAUCUUUAUCUAGUUGUUAUAUACUCCAUUUUCUUCUUGACCCUUUUUUAUGGGGGUACUUUUUGAAUUCUUGUUUUGUACCUUUUCUUUUCCUUUUUUUUCUCCUUCACGUGUGCCAAGGUAAUCUGUAUGUAAAGGACGGCCACGGGGGUCUGAGCGGCCCCAGGGAGCACCCAUGUACUACCCCCUCCCUGUGGUAUUACCCUGAGAAAGUGAUGGAUUAGGAUGGAAACUGAAUCACUGUACACACACACACACACACACACACACACACACACACACACACACACACACACACACACACACACCAGAAAUAGCCCGGUGCUGCGUUUAGUGUAUAUAUGUUACAAAAGAAUCAAACACACACACACACACACACACACACACACACACACACACACACAAGGCGGUCUGGUCCCGUGUCGCUGAGAUCAAAACAUGUAUGGUGGAGUGAACUAAGCUUUAAAAACAACGACAGUCUGGCAGUGUAUGCAAAAGUUAGUGUUUAAUUAAUGUUAGUGUGAGAAAACAUUAUACAGAAUCACACUCGUCUCUCUCUCUCUCUCUCUCUCUCUCUCUCUCUCUCUCUCUCUCUCUCUCUCUCUCUCUCUCUCUCUCUCUCGUUCUUUUUCUUUUUGGGUAGUAAAAUCGUACGUUUCUUUUUUCUUCUGUGUGUGUUUUUUAUUUUCAUGUUUUUACUCACUAUUCUCCAUAAAUCCUUUUCAUUCAGUCUUUUCCUUAUCACAAAAAAGUUAUAUACGUCGCUAAUGUUUUUGUUAAGAUUUAAUUUACCAGACCAAACUUAACCUGACCAUUAUAAUUACCAUGAAUAAUCUUGUAACUCAGUCCAGAAAAAUCAUUACACAUCUAUUUCUUGCAUUAGUACCGUCACCAUUAUCAUUUUCUUUUAGCUAACAAGCUCUAAUUUCAUCUAACCUAACCAUCACGUAUGAUCUAAUUAACUAUCUAGAAAACAUACAUUUACUUCUUACCUAUGGCAUUAUCAUCACUACUAUCCUCCUUACCUUCUUUGAUCUAGCAAUUCAGAACAUAACUCUCUAACAAAAAAGGAUUAAUUUGUAACAGUAAUGAUAAAAGAAAUAACGAAGCAUAGGAUUUUACUCGUCACGGACAAAGUAACCAUUUCGUUCAGGCAGAUUGAGAGGAGAGUGAUUCUGUGCAGUUUGCGUAUUCAGCCAUUGCUUUUCUUCAGGGUUUGUCAGAUGUCGCCCCUGACUUGCAGAGGACGUUAACACAUGACCUCACCUUUAUUUUUAGUGUUACCUUCACCCCUCUGACUGUUUGUGGUGGCACGGCACUUGUUACCACAUCUAAACAACCAGGAAUGACUUUAUCUGGCUACAUUCAAACUUUAGCCACUGGGACCCUUGAAGCACUCGACCACUAAUGCUGCCACGGGUGUCUCCAAAUUGUAAUCUAAACUUAAUCUUUAACUCGUGACACUUCAGGAGAAACAAUAAGAGCUAGAAAGACGACUAAAGGCUUUAUAAUGUCUAAACUUUGCUAUCACUCUUGUUACCAGUGAUGUCUUUACAAAUUAGAUCAACGAGAAGCUGUAACAAACGAAUAAUGAUCUGAAUUUACAUCGGAUCAUUUCAUUAAGCUCGAAUAGAAGUCAAAUUGUACUCCAGCUUUUACCAAACCGUUUUAUUAAGCUUUGAAUAAUACUCUUACCUCUUCCCGAUCAUUUGAUUAAGCACAGAUAGAGAAUACAGCUAAAAUUGAGAUGCUGCAAUAGACAAAUGAUGCCCUUAGCUUCGCCUGGCCGUUCUAUCAAAGCUGAGGUGAGAGCCGCGAGCAGUCAGAGGGUUGACGCCACAGGUGCCCGCCAUAGGUGUGUGUGGAUGCACCGUCGACUGUCGUUCUUUCCACAGGCAGAAUCUUCCAUUUGUAACUCAUUCCGUCCACUUGUUGUGAAUUAUAGGAAGGGAAACACUUCGCGGUCCAUUUUUUGGGGGGAAACACACACAAGUUGUAAUAAUAUUGUACUACGUUCGUAUUCGUUUGGUGUUGUGUUUGACUGAGGCAAUACUACUUAGUAACAUCACGUAUGUAUGUAUGGCAGUGUAUUUGGGUCGUUAUAAUUACGUAUACAUUUAUCUAUAUUUUUUUCUCUCAUUUUUUAUACAUACAUAUAUAUUAUCUGUCCUCAUUUGUUUUUGCGUGCGAGUGUCCUGCAGGAGAGCGAGGAGUGCGCUGCCUGGGCCAUUGCAGCGCAGGUCCCCGCGUGCGCUCAGCAAAAUAACAACCUUUCACAUCCCAUUGUCACCAGUAAGGCUUGUCAACUGAACUCAUGGAAAUCAGCAGGCCCGUAUUUUGAAGCGCUUUAUUAUCUCAUUUAAGUUUAUUUUCAAAGGUUUUAGAUGUUUGAUUAGGUUCCCAUGAGAGUUUUUCUUAUUUUCGAAUUCCCGUUAAAUUUUCACCGAGUCACUUAGCACCAUUGAAAGUCGUAACUCACACUAGGACCAGUUUCAAGUAGUUACGGUGUUUUGAGAAUGUAGAUCUUGUAAAUGAAUGUAUAUGAAGUGCUUAUUCCUCUGCCAACUAUGAACGGAAAGGAAAAAGUUUAAUUGACUAUCUAAUCCUGUAGCUUCUCCAAUCAAAUGAACACUUGUGAAGCUUCAUAAAAGUCAAUAAGUCACUCAAUAGUUUCGAAUCUCACACCAAGGGACUAUGAUUAUUAUUUUGCUGAGUGUCAACAGUUGCCUUCUCCUCCGUCUUCACGUAGUCAGCAAUAGAUCAUCAGUAGGAAAGUUACAAGCAGUCCAUUUCCAUACAUAUUUUCAGUAUUUCCAAUCAGCAGUUAAGGUUUCGAGCACACGAUUCGAAAGCCGUCCCGAAUCACAUCUCAGAGCAGUUUGUAGUUACAUUUCCAUAAUUUGACUGACAUGAGGCGGAAGAGGAGGCAACAUUACAUUGAAGUUUUAUAAGAAUAUUCUAAUAAAUUGCCAUAGGUUAAGGCAGAGACCCUUGUUGAUAUAACGAAGACUGUGACCCCGCUGGAAACAAUAAAAGUGUGGCCUCAGUGA